UCAAUGAUUGCUUGAACAACCCCUGUAUGAAUGGAGGAACCUGCAACGACUUGGUCAAUGACUAUAACUGUACAUGUCCGGCAGGAUUCGAAGGAAAAUACUGUGGAAAUGAUACCGAUGAUUGCUAUAACAACACCUGUAUGAAUGGAGGAACAUGCAACGACUUGGUCAAUGACUAUAACUGUACAUGUCCGGCAGGAUUCGAAGGAAAAAACUGUGGAAAUGAUACCGAUGAUUGCUAUAACAACACCUGUAUGAAUGGAGGAACAUGCAACGACUUGGUCAAUGACUAUAACUGUACAUGUCCGGCAGGAUUCGAAGGAAAAAACUGUGGAAAUGAUACCGAUGAUUGCUAUAACAACACCUGUAUGAAUGGAGGAACAUGCAACGACUUGGUCAAUGACUAUAACUGUACAUGUCCGGCAGGAUUCGAAGGAAAAAACUGUGGAAAUGAUACCGAUGAUUGCUAUAACAACACCUGUAUGAAUGGAGGAACAUGCAACGACUUGGUCAAUGACUAUAACUGUACAUGUCCGGCAGGAUUCGAAGGAAAAAACUGUGGAAAUGAUACCGAUGAUUGCUAUAACAACACCUGUAUGAAUGGAGGAACAUGCAACGACUUGGUCAAUGACUAUAACUGUACAUGUCCGGCAGGAUUCGAAGGAAAAAACUGUGGAAAUGAUACCGAUGAUUGCUAUAACAACACCUGUAUGAAUGGAGGAACAUGCAACGACUUGGUCAAUGACUAUAACUGUACAUGUCCGGCAGGAUUCGAAGGAAAAAACUGUGGAAAUGAUACCGAUGAUUGCUAUAACAACACCUGUAUGAAUGGAGGAACAUGCAACGACUUGGUCAAUGACUAUAACUGUACAUGUCCGGCAGGAUUCGAAGGAAAAUACUGUGGAAAUGAUAGAAUUAUUUAA